AUGACACGCCCUGAUGUGAAACAGAAGUGCCUUGGAGAUUUUUUGGACUGGAGCCUCUGCAUUAUUUCCCAGACCAGUGAUCAGUCACUGACGGAUGUUAGGGUGCUGGAUGGUGCCCUGCAGUCUCUGGCAAAGCUUUUUAAACAUGGGAAACGAGAUGACCUCCUGCAGUAUGCUCCUACAGUUCUGCAAUGUCUCGAGCAGAAACAUCUGUUAGAGAGCAGUGAGGCCAUUUUGAGGAAGUUCAGUGUCAAACUAAUGCAACGACUUGGCCUCAAUUUUCUGAAGCCACGUUUGGCUGCUUGGCGGUACCAGAGAGGCAGCCGCUCCCUGGCCGCAAACCUUUCCAUGUCCCAAACUGCUGUAACAGCUGAUGCUGUGACUCCUCAUGCAGACACACGGGAACAGGAGGAGGACUUUGACAUACCUGAAGAAGUAGAGACUGUUAUUGAGCAUCUGCUGGUGGGACUAAAGGACAAGGAAACAGUGGUGCGCUGGUCUGCAGCAAAAGGCAUUGGGAGGGUGACUGGGAGGCUUCCCAAGGAAUUGGCAGAUGAGGUUGUUGGAUCACUGCUGGACUGCUUGAGCUUCCAGGAAACUGACAAUGCUUGGCAUGGAGGCUGCCUGGCCUUGGCAGAACUUGGUAGGCGAGGCCUGCUGUUGCCUUCCAGAUUGACAGAUGUUGUGCCACUCAUCAUCAAGUCACUGAUCUAUGAUGAAAAGAGGGGAGCAUGCAGUGUUGGUUCUACUGUGCGAGAUGCUGCCUGCUAUGUGUGCUGGUCAUUUGCCAGAGCUUAUGAGCCCACAGAGCUCCAGCCUUUCGUCACUCAGAUUGCCAGCGCUUUGUUGAUCACGGCCGUGUUUGAUAGGAACGUUAACUGCCGCAGAGCUGCUUCUGCUGCCUUCCAGGAGAAUGUUGGCAGACAGGGAACUUUUCCUCAUGGUAUUGACAUUUUAACUGCAGCAGAUUACUAUGCUGUUGGAAAUCUCAACAGCUGCUACCUGAACAUCAGUGUUUACAUAGCCAGUUUCCCAGAGUACACCAAUGCUAUGAUAGACCAUUUAAUAGCCAUGAAGAUCAACCACUGGGACAGCGUGAUCCGGGAGCUCGCAAGUAAAGCUCUUCACCACUUGACGCCUCAAGCGCCUGAUUAUAUGGCAACAACAGUUCUGCCAAAGCUGUUGACCAUGGCUGUGGGCAUUGACCUUCACGGUCGCCAUGGAGCUAUUCUGGCAUGUGCAGAGGUCACGCAUGCUCUUUACAAACUGGGCCUUCAGACCAACAGGACUGUGGUGGACAUGAUUUCCUCAGAAUGCGUAGAUGCAUUAAAAAACAUUCACCAAAACCUACACAACAGAAAACAAUACAGGGGUUUUGGUGGAGAGCUAAUGAGACCAGCAGUGUGCAGCCUAAUAGAAAAGCUGUCCUUGUCCAAAAUGCCUUUUAAGAAUGAUCCACUUAUCGCCGAGUGGCAGCAAUUCAUUGAUGACACCAUACGAACCCUUCAUCUUGUUUCUUCUGGAGUGAAGGACAGCAUGAUGGAUGCUGUGAUAGCAGCCUUGUCUGCCUUGUGUGAGGAAUACUACCAGACACAGUCAGGACAGGCUGACCCACAAAUCCAAGAUGCCCUGGUAUCUCGAUACGUUGACGGACUCAAGAGUCCACAGAUACUCAUGCGUUGUGGAUCCGCCCUUGCCCUCGGCUGUCUGCCGAGAUUUAUCAUCAGUGGUAAACUGGAACAGAUCCUGGAAGGUCUUCAGCAGAUGUGCACAGUAACCCAGGAGGCGAGUUUUACAGAGGCGAGGAGAGAUGCUGUCAAGGCAAUUUCUCAAGUGUGUGUGACGGUUGGUGUUUGCGUCCAGGGUUCCCCAGACUCUGCUCUUUGUGGUGAAAAUGUAGCUGGGGUGUAUGACACGCUGCUCAAAAACAUCAACGACUACACAACCGACAGCAGAGGGGACAUAGGAGCCUGGGUGAGGGAGGCAGCAAUGACCAGUCUGAUGGAUGUGACACUGCUGGUGGCCAGCACUGCUCCAGAGAUCCUUUCUUCAGAUCAGAUGAGAUGCAUGAUGUGUGGCCUGGCCAAGCAGGCAGCUGAGAAGAUCGACCGAUCCAGAGCCCACGCCGGCAACAUCUUCUUGCGCCUCCUCCAUAGCACAGAGCCUGCAGUACCACAUAUCCCCCACCGGGAGGAGGUCUUGGCCAUUUUUCCUGUGUGAGUAAUUCCUGCUUUUCACUU